UUUGAUUUUAUAUCUAUACUUAUGUGGAUAAUUUUUAACAUAGACGAAAUAAUGGGUUAUAAGCUUGUAAAUUCUCGAAGAUUGAAUUCAAUUAUGGUUCUUUUGGCAAUGAUUUUGGCCUUUUUCUUAUAUCUGUAAUUUGGGAAAGUUUUUCUCCUUUUGUUUCCUCCCUCUGAUUCUGUUCUUGGCCGUUUCUCUUUACUUCUUAUUUAGGAAUUCAUAGUUCGUCAAAUCUUGUUUUGUUUAGGCAUCUUGUUCUAAUCAUCGAAUGGUCCCUUUAGGUUGUCAAGAAAAUUAAGGUAAAAGAAAGCUGAAAAGUCUCUGUCUGAAAUAGUGGAACUUUUCUUUUAUUUUCUAAAAUAAUGAUAUUAUCAUUUCAAAAAGGAAGUACUGUGUUAAUUUCUCACUUGGUUACCUCGGACAGAUUCUUCUUUUUUCUUUUUUCUGUGAUAUGUGGCUUUUGUGUUGUCUUUAGAGUCAGAAAAUGGUUGUCCAAUUAGCUCAAUCCUUUUAUUGUCUUCUCACUAACAGCAAGGGGCAUAGUUCUUUUUUCUCCUAUUAGAAUUCGUCGGAAUAAUAUUACUGUUUAUGAAUCUCUAGCAUUUCAUUUUGUUGUUAGAGCUCUCAUAAGUUGUGUAUAUGUUUUAAUGAUAGUACUUGGCUGUACACACAACACAUAUGAUCCAAUUCAUAUGUCCAAAAAAAUUGGGUCCUGAGAUGAAAGUAUGUGUUUUCUAUUGCAGCUGUUAAAAUCAGAUUGUAUCCAACUAUACCAUCAGCUUUGGUAUUUGUUGGACCGCCAACAUGACCAUGAAUAAUCUGACUGUUCAAACUGUAGAUACUUUUGCUAGCUUGCUUGAACUUGCUGCCAAUAAUGACAUUGAGGCUUUCAAGAGAUGGACUGAGCGUGACUUAUCCAGUAUUCAUGAGGCUGGACAGUGGUAUGGGCGCCAAAAGGGCUCUAAGCAAAUGGUUCUUGAGCAUAGAACUCCAUUGAUGAUUGCUGCUACAUAUGGUAGUAUCGAUGUUCUAAAGCUGAUUCUAUCUCUGCCUGAUGUUGAUGUUAAUCGUUCUUGUGGACAUGAUAAGAGCACUGCCCUUCACUGUGCCGUGUCUGGUGGAUCUCUGAAUGCUGCAGAAGCUGUCAAACUUCUGUUGGGAGCCGGUGCUGACCCAAAGUCUAAAGAUGUCAAUGGCCAUUGUCCUAUUGAUGUAAUAGUUGUAUCUCCUAACUUUCUUUCGGUUAAAUCAAGCCUUGAAAACCUUCUGAAGACUGGUGGUAUCGGGGACUGCAAGCUUAGAGUAUCAAUAGCCACUUCAAAGUCAAAUUCCCCUCCACAUUCGCCUUCUUGUGAAAAUAGAUCACCAUCUUCUGCUUCAGACUCAAGUUCUUCCCCAAAGAGUGCUAAGUCCAAUGACACCCCUGUUUAUUCUAUGCCAGAAAAGAAAGAAUACCCUAUUGACCCCUCCUUGCCUGACAUAAAAAACAACAUCUAUUCUACAGAUGAAUUCAGGAUGUUCUCAUUUAAGAUCAGACCUUGUUCUCGUGCAUACUCGCAUGAUUGGACUGAAUGUCCAUUUGUCCAUCCUGGCGAAAAUGCUCGAAGAAGGGAUCCUAGAAAGUACCACUACAGCUGUGUACCUUGCCCUGAGUUUCGAAAGGGAGCUUGCCAACGUGGGGACAUGUGUGAAUACGCUCAUGGAGUCUUCGAGUGUUGGCUGCACCCUGCUCAAUAUCGAACUCGGCUUUGCAAAGAUGGUACCGAUUGUAACAGAAGAGUUUGCUUCUUUGCCCACACGCAGGAGGAACUAAGACCGCUUUAUGUCUCUACUGGUUCUGCAGUUCCCUCACCUCGAGGGAGUACUGCUGCUGCCAAUGCUAUGGAUUUUGCUGCAGCCAUGGGCCUCAUACCUGGUUCUCCUUCCUCGGUCUCUGUCAUGUCACCAUCACCUUUCUCACCUCCAAUGUCUCCCUCUGCUAAUGGCAUUUCAAGCAUGGGUUGGCCCCAGCAAAAUGUCCCUGCCUUGCAUCUUCCUGGAAGCUUUCUCCAUUCCAGUCGCUUGCGGUCAUCGCUCAAUGCUAGAGAUAUACCAGCUGCAGACCUAAAUGCUUAUCCUGAUUUUGAUGUGCAACGGCAGCUCCUAAAUGAGUUUUCCUACCUAUCCCAGCGCAACAUGAGUUCUAAUUCUUUGAACUGUUCACCUCGUCCGAUGAGCCAUACCCGUGCAAAUCUUGAGGACUUAUUUUCUGCAGAGAGCUCAUCUCCUAGAUACUCUGAUCAAGCAUUAGCUCAAGCUGGUUUUUCCCCUAUCCACAAGUCAGCAGUUUGCAGUCAAUUGCAGCAGCAGCAGAGCCUGUUAUCUCCGAUUAAUACGAAUUUCUCACCAAGAAACGUUGAUAAUCCUCUAUUGCAGGCCUCAUUUGGAGUUCCCUCAUCGGGGAGAAUGUCUCCCCGAGCAAUGGAGCCAAUCUCACCAAGAAGUCCCCGUGCCUCAAUACUUGCUCAACGUGACAAGCAGCACCAAUUUAGAAGUUUCAGCUCUCGUGAUCUUGGCUCCAAUGUUUCUGCUAUUGUUGGGUCGCCGGCAGAUACAUGGGGUACAGCUAUGGGAAAGCCAGACUGGGCUGUCAGUACUGGAGAGUUCUGUAGGCUAAGGCGAUCGUCAUCAUUUGAGCUUGCUAACAAUGGAGAAGAGCCUGAUCUUUCAUGGGUUCAAUCUCUUGUCAAAGAAUCACCACCAGAGAUGAUGAAGGAUAAAUGUGUUCCUCAUGUCUCUGGACCGACAGGUGCUGUUGCAGAUCUUGGCGAAGGCUCUAUGUCAAGCUCCCAGAUCGAUCAAUCUGAUCAACUGAGUGCAUGGAUGGAGCAAAUGAAGCUUGAUCAGUGAAUGGCUUUGUAAUAACAUCCUAAUUCUUUAUUUUACCGAGUCUUGACAUCUUCAAAAAGUAAGGUUCUGGUAGAUAGUAACUGCAUUUGAUUCUAAUGUUCUCGUCAUGUUUUCUUGGGAGCAAGGCAAACUGUGAACAGAAAAACAACAAGUAGAGAAAGGAGGUCCAAAAUUCUGAAGAAUAUUGACUUUUCAUAUUUGUUUGAAUUUAUUAUUUAAAUCAGGUAAUAGGAGAAUGGACCAUUGAGAAAUGAUACCUAGCAUAGGUGAUUUUUCUCCUGUAUUAUUGUUUAAUGUAGUCUAAUUAUUCAGAGAAGUUUUGCCUUAUUUCAUUGUACUGAUAUCAAUAGUUGAUCUUUGUGACAAUUCAUCAUUGACAUGAAGUUAUUUCAUUUGAGAUUA